GCGCUGGUACAGGAAGCCUAAUUUUGCAAACAGCUGUAAAGUAACCCAAUCUCUGAAAAUGGUCUACAAGGUGAUUUUCCUUCUGGCUUUUUUUGGAGUUGCGUCUUCCUGGCACCUAGAUAAACGAAAGUGCGACCCAGAGAGACAAAGUGAAAAACCAACUCUUUGCUCAAAUUACAGAAACAUUGAACAUCUUUAUAACAGCCAGAAACAUACUGAAGAGAAACAAAUGAUGCUGGAAAAAAGGAUUGAGGCUAUAGAAGGUAAGACCAGCAAUAUCAGUGCGCUUGAAAUCCUAGUGGAAAACCUUUCAAGUGCACUAAAGGACCUUGAAAUGAUGAAGUCACAAAGUGAGAUGGAAUUCAAAGACACAAAGGCGCAGCUGGCGAAACACAAAUCUGACAUAGCGAGUCUGAAGAGAGAGAUCCGAGAACUGGUUGAACACAGGGAAAUAGUUGGGGGAAACUUCAGUCAGAUUGAAGAUAAACUUGAUACAACUGAGAGGCAGUUGAGGGCAAAAAAAGCCAGGCUUGAAAAAGUUGAGACAGAAACCAAGGCUGCGUUCAGUGAGACAAAGAGGCUCCUGAAUCAAUAUCGGAAUGAACUUUCCAACCUUAACACGACGGCUCAGGAGCUUGAAGGCAAAGUCGAAGCCCGACUGGAUGGCACGAAGAUGGAACUUGAAGCUAAGCUGGAGAAAAUACAAAACAACAGUGAAGCUUUCGGCGCAAAACUUAAGGAGCAAAAAGCUGAAGUUGAUGAAUUUAAGGAAGAAACUGACAGCAAAUUCAGUAAUGUUGAUGGACAGCUGAGAGAACAAAAAACUACAGCGGACAAGCAGAAGGCUGAAAUCGGCACUCUCAAGAGCGACACUGAAGGAAUAAAAACCAGACUGGGGUCAACUGAGAAAAAAGCUGACAAACAAAAUGAACUCAAACUAGAGGUGGACAGAAUUAAAGCAGAAGUCAGUGCUAAGGUAGCAUUCUCUGCAACUAUAACCGCAUCUCCUAAUGUGUUCACCGGACCAGCCAACACCAGGAAUAUUCUGAUCUUUAACAAAGUCCUAACAAACAUUGGCAACGCUUACAACUCUAAAACAGGCCUCUUCACUGCUCCACUGAAUGGGGUUUACCACUUCUCAUUCAUGACUUUUGGCUACAGCUGCUACACUUCAGGAGCCAUCCUGGUGAAGAAUGGGCAUCACCAAGUGAGCACCUGGGAAUUCAAAGGACCGGAUACCAGCGACACCACCAGCAACACAGUCAUUCUUGAACUGAAGGCCGAAGAGACGGUGAACAUCAUACUAUGGUGGGGUGGAAAAAUACAUUCAAGUGUCUUCACUGGGUUCCUCAUCUUCCCGUCGUAGAUUUUUGGGGUUAAGAAUUAAGAUGCUUUUAGAAGAUGUUCUUAUUUAAGGACACAUGCUUUUUGUCUCGUUUUCUUCUUUAAUUGUAAUUGUCCUGAGAAUGCUUUCACUUAUUAUGCUACACUAUUGAAAUCCAAAAAGAUAAGAAUCUAUUGUUUUUUUUAUAUGAAUAAAUGAAUGUGAAAAAAUUAUUUAACACAGGAUUAAUUUAAGGCUCAUAUACCAGCUGAGAGAGAGGACAGUUUGUGUUUACUUCCUGCACCAAAAUGACGAGGUGUAUGGGCCUGGACCUUAAAAUAUUACAAUCCACCCAUAGAAUCAGGUGGAUUAAUGGCCCCCCUGAAGAUGAAAGGGUGUGUUUGUUAUAUAAUUUUGGUGAAACUGAAGUUUAUAAUUAUGAUGAAUUAAUGGCUAUAAUUAAUGGUAAGAUGAUUCUGUGGCACAUUUUAUCUGUAGGGCUUGUAGAGAAGAGACAAAUUGCAAUAUAAUGCUAUAUG